AUGUCUCAGGAAGAUCAGGUAGUGUCUGUGAGGCUACGACGUUCCACCACGAGCACGCCAUGGGGCUUCCGGAUGCAGGGAGGCCACGAAUAUGGGGCCCCGCUCUUCAUACAAACGGUGAACCCAAAGAGCCUGUCCGCGCGACAUGGGCUGAGGGUGGGGGACCGGCUGCUGGCCAUUUGUAACACGGAGGCCCACCGCAUGUCGCACGAGCAGGCCAAGAUGGAGAUAAUCCGGGCGGGAAACGAGCUCGACCUCAUCGUUCAGAGGAGGCCCGGCCAGCCCCAGGAUAUCCCAGACGCGGGCAGAAUCCACAGACAGCAGAACAAACACGAGGCCACAGAAGAGUCGACACAGUACCGCGGAUACACCAAUCCUAACGUCCAGUCCCGCUCAUUUAAAAUCCUGCAGGAGUCACUAGGUUAUUCUGAGGCAAACGAAGAAGGUAUUAUUCUUCCCACGGGCGGUACCCCUGGGGAGUCCAUUGUCCGUAGGGCCUAUAACGAGGGAAAACACAGACUAGAAGAGCUAUCAGAGAUAAAUCCAAGGAAUUUUACAAACGAGGGAGAGUCUCCAUAUAGGUACAGCGAUGCAAUGAUUCGUGAUGAUGAUGCUUCUCGUCUUAGAAGCUCCGGUGCUCAGCCAGAGCGAAGACGUCGUCGCAGACGUGAGAAGCCAGACCCGGCGGAUAACGUAGCCUCAGAAAAGCAGUUUGUAGGAGUGACCGGCAGCCAUAAGGUGGCGCCUGUCGACAUCGCAAUGAGUUCCGUCCUUUCCCCUGCCGCAGGCCAGCAGCAAUACCUCGAACAAGCGAAGUCACACUAUCAAAGAGAACCGGAAGUUAUGCCGCAAAUGCCUGUUGUUCAUCAGUCACAACCACAGCGACCCGUUUCUCAUCAAAGUCAGUCCAAUCAGAGACCACUUAAACUUAUCAACUACAAUUUUGAGGAGCAGUACGGGCAUCAGCAAAAUAAACAAAAGGCUGUUGUCUCGCCACAAAAAUCAAAUGAUUUUAUUCCAUCGACGAAAACGGUUUCGUCUGUCGCAGCAGAUCUCGAUUUAAAGCAUUCAGGGGAUGUAUAUGGCCAAGGGCACGCAUCAGCAGGUCAGCCCCCUGUCACAUCUCAUUUGGAUGUUGUUUCAAACGAAAAGAAGAUGGGAGACCCAGGAAACCAUAUGCAUGUACAUGAGGAUCAGGGAAAAGCAAAUCCUCCUGUGGCUGGUUAUAAGAGUUCUACAGCCACGGUUAUGUCGCCACCCACGAUGGUGGUUGUGCAGAAUGCACCGAAGGCUGCACCUGAAACUCCUCCUAUAGCGAUCAUGAAAAGUCAACAGAUGGCUGUUAUCGAAAAAUCCCCAAUGACGGAAGUUGAAAAUCCUCCAGUGACAGUCAUAAAAAGUGAACAGAUGGCUGUUGUAGAAAAGUCGCCAAUGACAGUCGCUGUUAAUCCUCCAAUUGCAGUUGUUCAAGUCCCAAAUACAGCUAUUUUAGAAAAAGUGCCACCAGCAGCUGUUGAUUUAACAGAUGGCGCUCAGUCUUCCAAACCUAAAGGUAACGAAACAAAUAACUCUGUAUCUGCAGAGGAAAAUGCUUCUUCUAUUUCUGAACCAACACGGGAGACCAGUCCUUUGGAAGCCAUAGAGGAGUCUAUGAGCUUGGAACAAAAGAGUUCUCCGAAAGAUGCAGCUGUAAAGGCACUAGAUUCGGUUUCUCAAAAGAUAGACUUACAUGCAUCAGGUGAGUCUAUCACAAAGGUAGUGGGGGAAGAGGAAAUUACACUAACAACAGAGGAGUCAGUGACAAAGGAAGAGAAAUGUGCUCCUGCCGAAGACGUGUCAGUAGAGGAUAAUGCAAAAACGAUAGAGGAAUCUAUGAGUAAGGAAGAGAAGAUCGCCCCUAAAGAUGUGGCUGUCAAGGCUGUAGAGGAAGUUUCAAAGAGAAUAGUGGCACAGGCAACAGAGGAGGCUGUUGCCCAGGUAUCAAAAUUAGCGGCCGAACAAAUUGAGGUAAAGGCGGAUGAUGAUAGUAAGGUUUCGGUGGAAACAGAACCUAACAAUACCAAAGAAAUAUCGACGUCUGAAGUAACGUCGGGUGGAGAAGUUAAAGCUACAACAGAUGUCAUUUCAGACACUCAAGCAGAAAAUGAGUCAAAUGCUGGGAGCCAGCUAGCAAUGACCGAAGCUCCAUUAGAAACAACUAUUGAAGCUACCGAAAACAAAUCAGAAAGUAUCCAGAUUGAACAGUCUGAUGACGUGAAUGCAGCAAUAGGUGAAACUGAAUCGGUCGUAAAUAUUUCGGUUGAUGAGGAAAUUGCCGCUCCAAUGCAAGAAACAACAGAUGAGACACACACUUUUUCGAUUGACUUUAACUCGGAUGCAGACAUUGAAUUACAAAACGAGGAAGUAUCAUUCUCUAUUUCCACAGAUGCGGAUGUUAGCUCUGAUAUGCAAGAAAGUGUUAACAUCAGUUCAACCGAAAACGGAGAUGCAAACACUGAGGCUGCCAUAUCUAUCAAUUUCGACACUGAUGUCACAGAUGCAGGUGUUGAAACGGUUGAAAUCGAAGCAACAGAAGAAAAUGCACCAGAGAAGAAUGCUAAAGAUGAGAAAUCGUCGCCCAAUAAACUUCCAGAACAGAAGACCCCAGAAUCAAAAACAUCAAAACCAGAAAGAGCAAAAUUUGUCGACAGCCAAGGAGGAGUGGCAGCUAGAUUGGCAAAAUUCAAGAAAUAA